GCAUGUUAUCCCCAUGCAUCCAGUCAGGUGCUGGAGUAUCUUGUGUUUAUUUUAGUAACGCUUUUAACAUUUUCUUGCUUUUCAUUUCAAGCCCUGUUUACCGUAUAGGUAACGAUGUAUUAGAAGAGUGAGGUUUUUACAGGGCUUGGUUGCUUUGUUCCCUGCACGUGGUAGCUCAAACAUCGAUUGUCUACUUGUGCGCUGCAGGUAGGUGAAAAUAUACCUACUUGGAGAAGUGUUUGUUAGGCGAGCGCUGCGCUGAAAGAGCACGCUAACAUGUCAUCCACUGACGAACAACGGUCAGACCACUGCAAUCAGACGACUGUCCAAAUAAACACACCAGAGAUGGUAGAAAACAGAAGACGUGAGGAUGAGAAUGAAGGCCUUCCAGAUUACAAAGAAAGCACAAAAACUACCGUUGAUCCGACACAGGAAGAGGCCAACAUGAGUAAUGAGGUACACAGAAUUCCUGUGUUGGAGACGAACACAGAUAAGCCUAUCGUUAACCAAGAACAUAAUGCAAGUAACUCUAACUCUGUUAAAAUUACUGAGGAACAUUUUAAAGCAAUGGUUGAGUAUUAUGGUGGAAAACCUUUUAUCAAAUAUGAAAUCAUAUCAGUACGAGAAAAACACAGCGAAUUCCGCAAAGCGGUCCCUUUGAUGCCAGUUUCUUUAUCUCUCUUAUUAUGCUUGGUAAACGUAUUAGCUCCUGGGGUUGGUACAUUGUUAGCCGGGAUGACGAUCAUCUGUGGCUGCAAAACAGAACAUAGGAGUCGGGUGAAAGCGAUAUUUUACAAUAUUCUGGCGUCUAUCCUGCAGUUAGUUUUGGCACCAGUUGUGAUCGGGUGGGUUUGGAGCAUAAUGUGGGGAAUUACAUUCGUCAACAUCAGUGUUACAAAGGAACUCCAGGAACCAAUAUUGGUGGCCCCAGUGUAGGUUUGUCGUUUGGAAGAUGGAAGAUGUGGACAGAAGCGGGCAGGAUUGUUUCAAAUAAAUAUCAUUUCGUCAUGUAGUGAACGGAAUAGAAUGUACUACGUUUCUCUUCUUCUCUUACUUUUUAAAACUUUUUUGAUUGUGAAAUCUUUUUUUUUUUUCACUAUUUAGUUAUAUCUUACUUCAUUCAUAAACAUGAUGUAUAACACCAUGCUGUUUUUGUAAAUAUUUGUCGCCUCCAACUCGAGUUGCUGAAAUUCCUUAUGUAUAUGAAUCUCAUGUCAUUUCAUCAAGGCUUCAAAGUCGGAUAUACCGAUAAAAGAAAUUGACUCAUUGAUGGUCUCAUGACAAAGAAGUGUCACCAUUUUCUUCAAGUUGCCAUUUCAAUGUUAUCAAACUACGCGAAGGUGUAAGCAGCGAAGGCAGUGGAUAUGGACGGUUAUUUUUAGUUUAAUAUUUUUAAGGAGAAGGUGCCUUGUAGUGGAUCGGUUACUGCAUUAAUAAAAAUAUUGUUCUUAACGCG